GCCCCGGCCCGGCCCCGCCGAGCGUCCCAGCCGCCCGCGGGAGACCGGGCGCCGCGGCCGAGGCGCGAACAGACGGACGCACGGGUGAGCGCCGAGGGGACAGGCCGAGCGCGGGACGCCGGGAACAGGUUUGAGACAGGCACUGGCCUCAGACCCGGGCCACACUGAGGUCUGCCCUUCUCCUGCUGGCUGCCGCCCGGGACACCAUGAGCCAGUCCGGGGCUGUGAGCUGCUGCCCGGGUGCCACCAACGGCAGCCUGGGCCGGUCUGACAGUGUGGCCAGGAUGAGCCCCAAGGACCUGUUUGAGCAGAGGAAGAAGUAUUCCAACUCCAACGUCAUCAUGCACGAGACCUCGCAGUACCACGUCCAGCACCUGGCCACAUUCAUCAUGGACAAGAGCGAAGCCAUCACGUCUGUGGAGGACGCCAUCCGGAAACUGGUGCAGCUGAGCUCCAAGGAGAAGAUCUGGACCCAGGAGAUGCUCCUGCAGGUGAACGACCAGUCACUGCGGCUGCUGGACAUCGAGUCUCAGGAGGAGCUGGAAAACUUCCCGCUGCCCACCGUGCAGCGCAGCCAGACGGUGCUGAACCAGCUGCGCUACCCCUCCGUGCUGCUGCUUGUGUGCCAGGACUCGGAGCAGAGCAAGCCCGACGUCCACUUCUUCCACUGCGACGAGGUGGAGGCAGAGCUGGUGCACGAGGACAUCGAGAGCGCGUUGGCCGACUGCCGGCUGGGCAAGAAGAUGCGGCCACAGACCCUGAAGGGACACCAGGAGAAGAUUCGGCAGCGGCAGUCCAUCCUGCCCCCUCCCCAGGGCCCAGCGCCCAUCCCCUUCCAGCACCGCAGCGGGGACUCCCCGCAGGCCAAGAAUCGCGUGGGCCCGCAGGUGCCACUCAGCGAGCCAGGUUUCCGCCGUCAGGAGUCACAGGAGGAGGAGCCGCGGGCUGUGCUGGCUCAGAAGAUAGAGAAGGAGACGCAAAUCCUCAACUGCGCCCUGGACGACAUUGAGUGGUUUGUGGCUCGGCUACAGAAGGCGGCUGAGGCUUUCAAGCAGCUGAACCAGCGGAAGAAGGGGAAGAAGAAGGGCAAGAAGGGGCCAGCAGAGGGCGUCCUCACGCUGCGGGCACGGCCCCCCUCUGAGGGCGAGUUCGUCGACUGCUUCCAGAAAAUCAAGCUGGCGAUUAACUUGCUGGCAAAGCUGCAGAAGCACAUCCAGAACCCCAGCGCCGCGGAGCUCGUGCACUUCCUCUUCGGGCCUCUGGACCUGAUCGUCAACACCUGUGGUGGCCCAGACAUCGCACGCUCCGUCUCCUGCCCACUGCUCUCUCGAGAUGCCGUGGACUUCCUGCGCGGCCACCUGGUCCCUAAGGAGAUGUCGCUGUGGGAGUCGCUGGGAGAGAGCUGGAUGCGGCCCCGCUCCGAGUGGCCGCGGGAGCCGCAGGUGCCCCUGUACGUGCCCAAGUUCCACAGUGGCUGGGAGCCCCCCGUGGAUGUGCUGCAGGAGGCCCCCUGGGAGGUGGAGGGGCUGGCGUCUGCCCCCAUCGAGGUGAGUCCAGUGAGCCGACAGUCCGUACGAAACUCCCAGAAGCACAGCCCCGCUUCAGAGCCCACCCCCCCGGGGGAUGCCCAACCACCAGUCAGCUCCCCACAUACUCACAGGGGCUACCAGCCAACACCAGCCAUGGCCAAGUACGUCAAGAUCCUGUACGACUUCACAGCCCGAAAUGCCAACGAGCUAUCAGUGCUCAAGGAUGAGGUCCUAGAGGUGCUGGAGGACGGCCGGCAGUGGUGGAAGCUGCGCAGCCGCAGCGGCCAGGCGGGGUACGUGCCCUGCAACAUCCUGGGCGAGGCGCGGCCUGAGGACGCCGGCGCCCCCUUCGAGCAGGUCGGUCAGAAGUACUGGGGCCCCGCCAGCCCGACCCACAAGUUGCCCCCAAGCUUCCCGGGGAACAAAGAUGAGCUCAUGCAGCACAUGGACGAGGUCAACGACGAGCUCAUCCGGAAAAUCAGCAACAUCAGGGCGCAGCCACAGCGGCACUUCCGCGUGGAGCGCAGCCAGCCCGUGAGCCAGCCGCUCACCUACGAGUCGGGUCCCGACGAGGUCCGCGCCUGGCUGGAAGCCAAAGCCUUCAGCGCUCGGAUCGUGGAGAACCUGGGAAUCCUGACUGGGCCGCAGCUCUUCUCUCUCAACAAGGAGGAGCUGAAGAAGGUGUGCGGGGAGGAGGGCGUUCGCGUGUACAGCCAGCUCACCGUGCAGAAGGCCUUCCUGGAGAAGCAGCAAAGUGGGUCAGAGCUGGAAGAACUCAUGAACAAGUUUCAUUCCAUGAAUCAGAGAAGGGGGGAGGACAGCUAGGCCCGGCUGCCGCCGGCGGGGGCCUGCGGAGGGGAAGCCCACGCCCAAUGCAUGGAGUAUUAUUUUUA